AUGCCGAUGACAUGGAACGCUGAUGCGGACGCGAAGCUGUUUGCUGCCGUCCUCUCAACAUCAGAUGUGAAGGUUAACUACGCCGCCGUUGCGCAAAUCAUGGGCCCCGAGUGCACCGCCAAGGCAGUGAUUCAUCGAAUCAACAAUAUCAAAUUGAAAGCCACCCAAGCAAGCGCAAACACUGCGGAGAAGGAGAACGGUGCGGCAGCUGUCAAGACGCCAACACCCAAGCGAGGACGCAAGAAGGCAGAGCCCAACGAGGAUGAGUCUCCAACUCCAGCCAAGAAACCAAAAGCAGCCAAUCCAAAGACCAAGGCGAAAGCACCAACGAAGGCUGGAGCUGAUGACGACGAGCAGCUCAAACUCGAGGAUGAGAGUGAUGACGAUAACUGA